GGCAGAGCAACUUGUUGAAUAUUGCUUUGUACAAUUCCACCUGGGCACUUUCUUGAAUCUAACUAAAUUACUUUAUUCUUAGUCUCCUUUGUCUCUACAGGUUAUGGGAGCAUAUUUUGAGAAACUCGCGUCUAAAUCUUUUGCAGUUUAUUCAAUUGCAGUGACAGAAACAGAAAACAGAACUUGGAACCUAUCAUGGCAUGCCGAUGAGAUUAAUAAACCUGUUUCAGGGCAGGAUACAUCAGAAACUGCGAACAGCUUUUCCAAUAAUGAAGAAAGUUUUAAUCAAGAAAGGCACAGGCAGGAGGAAGGAUCCAGUGAACAAGCUAAUGGGUGGCAUUCAGAUAAUGAAUUCAAUUCCAAUGGUUUUCCUCCCCGAGUGAUAAAACAUGCCGAGGAGUCCAUAGGUGAACCGUGCACAGAAGAAACACAAUCCAGAGUCGCAAUCUGAAUGGGUUAAUCAGGGUGGGUUUCGCGCAGCAAAUUUUGCAGUAGCGACUUCCAGUCAUAUGGAGGAUCUAGUUGGAAUGCCAUCUGAGGCAUUUGGUGCUUAGCUGAGUUAUAAUUCUCCAAUUUUGUGCAUAUGUUUGGCAGUAAAUAUAGUCUGUGCAUCUUUGUUUUCGAGUGA